AGAGAGAGAGAGAGAGAGCGAGCAGCUUAGUGAAUGGAGAGCAGUGCUGAGGGAGGGAUGGAGAAGCGGGAGGCGGGGUGAGUCGUGCGAAAGGGGGAGGAGGACUACGCUGAGUAAAAGAGAGGGAGAGCGAGAGAGUGAGCCAAGGAAGACCAGAAGAGGAGAGUGAGAGGAGAGCGAGGGGGAAGAGAAGCACGCCACCAGAAUCUCACUCUCAGUAAACACUCGGCAGCCUGCACCUGCCGUACGCACACACACUCACACACGCACACACACAAACAGUCUUACACACACACGCGCUUCCUGCGUGCACGCUACUCCCGACGCGAGUGGGAGCGAUGACACACGUGUGCGUGUGCGCCUACAGCUGGAUCCGCGGCGCUGGAGUGAGACGGACUAACUUUCUGCGUGUUGCGUGAGUGGGUUGUUGUGACUCCAGCGGAGCCCCGGGGAGGAUGGAGGGACGCAGCGAUACGAGCGCCACAAAGACCGCUACCGAUACGGGCUGUCGCACAUCUGGGAUCUCACACUAAACCACCAGGACGGGGACCACUUGUUCCGCAUGAGCCCUCUUCAAAAACCUGUCAUCCACCCACAGCUGAAACCACACGCCGAUUCUCCCGGCGGAGGGGAGGAGGACGAAGAAGAGAGAGGGAGCGAGAGGAGCGAUUAGGACAGAGUGGGUUGUGUGUGUGUGUGUGUGAGAGAGGCGUGCGUCCGUCUUGCUCAGCGCGUGUGUAAAGUGCGUCUAAGUGGCCGAUGAGAGUGGCAGAGUGAUGGGUCCUGCAGAGUGCUGACCCCGGUGAGGUGCCGUCUCUCUGGGCUCGCUCCGUGGGCGGGCAGACCACCGCCGUGCUGGAGCACCACACCUGACUUUACUGCCGGAGAGACCCCCCGGCCCCCUCCGUCCUCUCCCCGACCACCAGUACCCGUCUCUGGCUGAGGAGACGGAUCUGUGGGCCGUACGGUGAUAGACCGCCGGGAGACGGUCGAGAUAAGAAAACAAACGUAACUCACACCAGCACCCGAUGACAACUGACAGAGGGUUGUUGUGAUAGCGAGAAGAGGCAGAAGUACCGAUGGAGCGGCAGUACCGUCUUCUAAAGAACCGGGGCUUUCUCUUGUUUCUACGCGCUUGGAAUUACUUCAACCAGCGAAGGAGUACGCCUGUUUUUGUGAAGUACCUACCAUCUUGUUUUUCUACAUUAUUGCCUGAUUAAGGAUUUAUGAUGGGUCGUUGGGACGUUGGGACAAUUUUCCCCCAGGAUGUGAAAAUGAUUAUGUUUAAUUGACUAAUCAAUCAAUAUCCUUCACUAUAAUACUCUCUCCUCUACCUCCUCUCCACAUCAUUAAUUUUCUUGUCAAACUUUGGCGAGCAGCGAUCGGGUCAAUUCCCCAGCCCUUUCUACCGAACAAAGUCUUCUCUGCUCUAAGGACGAUCGGACUGUUACAGGAAAUAAACGUUGGAUUCAUAUCGCAUCAACUGGACUUUGUUUCUUUGAAAUCGGAUUCCUCUUGGAUGUAAUUUCCUCCUUUCUAACCUACACACGUGGAUAGCCAUGGAUACCUUUGUUUGACUCAACAUCGCCGCAGCACAAACAAGACGACACUGUCAUGAACGAGUACCCUGCUGGGAGCUGAACUUUCAACAAACACACAUCACCCCAGUAUUCAUUAUCGGCAACUCCUCCAAGCCUAGAUGUAGCGACUCCUGUGGUCUAACAGCCUUCAGUUAGAAUCACAGAAUAGUACAAAAGGUCUCCAGAUCUGUCAUUGCUUUAACAGCAUGUAGCAUGAACGCACGAGCAAACAGUGAACGAAUAGAAAACCUAAAGAGUGAAAAGGAGCAACCUAGAUAACAAAAUCGAGUUUGAGCGUAGAAGUGAACUGAGAAAACAUAAAUAUAAAUAAGAUACGAUCUUUAAUUGUCGUGAAAAGCUAAAGUUUAAGCCGAGCUCCCCCUGUGCCCUGGCAGCACUGGCCGUGCCCAGAAGCUGGUGUUGGCACCAUGUUCUGUGUUGGUGGCAGUGAUGGCUCCGGCGGCAGGGAGAGCGUCUCCGCUCCUCCCCGGCCGCCCCGGCCGCGUCUCUCCUGCGUCCUCCUGUCUGUCUGCGUCCUGCUCGGCCAGCUGAGCCCUGCCCUGGGCGCUGUCUGUCCGCCCGGCUGCAUCUGCGGCUCCGACAUCCUCAGCUGCACGGCGAUGGGCGAGGGCCUUGAGGAGGUAGUCCCCGCGGGGAUGCCGCCGCGCACCGUCAUGAUGGACCUCAGCCACAACCGCAUCGCCCGCCUGGAGCCGGGCUCCUUCAGCGGGCUGGCCCGCCUGGAGACGCUGCGCCUCAACCACAACCAGAUGGCCGAGAUCCAGCCCGGCGCCUUCCUCAACGCCUCGGGCGCCGCGCUGAGGCACCUGGACCUGUCCUCCAAUCACCUGCGCGUGCUGGAGGCCCACUACUUCACCGAGCUGUCGGGCCUGGAAGAGCUGCUGCUGUUCAACAACCGCAUCGCCCGGGUGGAGAACCACGCCCUGGCCGGCCUGGGGAGGCUCCGCAAGGCCUAUCUCAGCCACAACCGCCUCACCGACUUCCCCUUCUUCUCCAUCCGGGAGGACAGCCACCCCGAGCUCACCAUGCUGGAUCUGUCGUCCAACCGGCUGCUCAAGCUGCCCAUCGACGACAUCGUGAACCUGCCGCUGGCCGUGCAGAGGGGGCUGUACCUGCACAACAACUCCCUGCUGUGCGACUGCUCCAUGUACGGCCUGUUCCGCCACUGGGAGGAGCGGGGCUACGACACGGUCAAGUUCUUCAGGCACGAGCACAUCUGCCUGGUGUACGGGAUCCAGAGAGGCACCGUGCGCUUCUUCCAGCACGCCCGCUACUUUGAGAACUGCAGCGCCACGGGCGACCUGCACAUGCCCGACCCGCAGGAGAGCGACGUGGUGGCGUACGCCGACCACCGCGUGGCGCUCCACUGCGUGACCGGCCUGCGCGGCCGGCACGUCAGCUUCAUCUGGGUCACCCCCAACCAGGAGUACGUGGCCCCGCCCGGCAACAACGGCUCGCUGAGGAUGUUCCACAACGGCACGCUGGUGAUCGCCGCCGUGAAGCACGCCGACGGCGGCGUCUACUGGUGCAUGGCCCGCGACCGCUCGGGCCGCCGCAACGAGACCAGCGAGGUCAACGUGACGGUGGCGGUCCCCCUGGAGGGCGACGUCCUGGAGGGCUUCAACACGGGCUUCACCACGCUCCUAGGCUGCGUGGUGAGCCUGGUGCUGGUGCUCAUGUACCUCUACCUGACCCCCUGCCGCUGCCCGCCGUGGCGCAAGGUCACCGCCCCGCCGGCCGUCGUCACCGCCCCCGCCCCCGCCCCCGGCGCCGGGAACGACCCCGCCGCGGGGGGCGGUCAGUCGUCCAUCCUGACCCCCACCCCUCCGGCCACCACCGAGGGGCCCGGCCGCAAGGUGAGCACCAACAAGCACGUGGUGUUCAUGGAGCCCAUCAAGGAGCAGCAGAACGGACGUCUGCGCCUGGGGCCCGGGGCCAUGGUGGGUCACGGGGGCCACCUGGGGCCGGGCCUGCUGCUGGGGGCGGGACACCCGGCCGCCAAGCCCCCCGGCCAAUCGCAGCAGAGAGCUGGCGAGACGGACUCCAUCGUAUCAGUGUUCUCGGACACGCCCAUCAUGUCGCCGUAGCAACGGGUACCGAUGGGGUCCCGGACUCUGCUGGCUGGCGAGCGUUCGUUAUGGUCUUAUCCCCCCCUUCUUUUCCCCUGAACCCCAGAACCCCUGAAUGAAGCCUGCAGCCCAGCAGCCUAGCGUCUGACCUCAGCUAAACAGUAGUUAUAUAAGACUAAGGACCACAAACAACACACCAUGUUGGUAGUAACGUGCCUUGUGACACAAGGCCGGCGACGAAUCGAGUGGAGCGUAGUCCGUCGACGAAUACGGUCCGAAUAUUGCCAACGCUACAAAAAUGUAAUAAUAAAGUUGAUAGUCAUUAUAUUUUUCGCCCAGGUCUACCUACUUAUCCCUUCAGCCACAAACCAAUGCACUGUGAUGGCGUGUACUUACAAUGAAUGGCUCAAAUUAUAUUCAUAGGCAGAGUGAGGGAAAGCCCAGGGAAGAGACAGAGCCAAGACGUGGGCUGGCAGGAAAGCAGAGAUGGAAAUAAUGGAGACGGAAAUAGAACGACAGAACGACUGAGAGGACAAUCGAUCAAUUGACGGAACGUGACUCUGCCCAGGAGGAGGGGGGUAGUGGCAGUCAUGCAGGGAGGCGGGACGCGCACACAGAGUGCAUCCUGGUACCUCAAAGGAGCCUGGAGGACCACUCCAACUAUAAUAUGAAACCGUGUUGGGGGCCAGCACAGCGUAAAACCUUUAAUAAACCCAUGCUACAGAUGCCUUCUUGACAGAGAAAGAGAGAGAGGCCGAAAUGACUAACCUCUUUGUAUAAAUACUUUGCUUUGAUUUUCUCCAGAGCUGAUGACCCGAUAUCAUAUAUGCAUAGUGUAGCUCUGUCCGAACGGGACGUGUUUUAGACUAGACAGGGUAGAGAACAAGUGCUUUUUAGAAAACAAACGAAAGAAAUGAACCUUAAAAAAAAAAAAAUGCUAUGAGGAAAAAGCUUACAGAGACUGGAACGCAUUCACCAGUCGGAGGGCAAGUGCACCGACUUCAUUAAGGAAUAAAGAGGAAAAUCUAUUGAAAUGUUUAAGAUUGCUUUUAUGCUCGGCACAUUCGCUGCACAUUGCACACCAUUGAUCUCGGCAGAACGGUUUGGUAAUCGUGUGCGAGGGAGAUGCUCCGGUAAGCAAGUCUCAUUUAUUGAUCUCGGCAGUCGAUUCCUAGAAUGUCCCUGAAACUCAGUGACAAUCGCAGG